CAACAACAACAACCACAACAACAACAACAACCACAACAACAACAACAACCACAACAACAACCACAACAACAACAACAACCACAACAACAACAACAACCACAACAACAACAACCACAACAACAACAACAACCACAACAACAACAACAACCACAACAACAACAACAACCACAACAACAACCACAACAACAACCACAACAACAACCACAACAACAACAACAACCACAACAACAACCACAACAACAACAACAACCACAACAACAACAACAACCACAACAACAACAACCACAACAACAACAACCACAACAA